GUGGAAUCGUGGUCUCCGUCGCCGUCGCCUUUAAGGGAGAGGGGAAGGGAAAGCGGUGGUUGUUGGAGGAGCGAUGGUAAUGGACUUUCCGUUGGAUGACAGUGGUGCGACGGCGUUUUCGUCCUCCUCUUCUUCUUCGCCCUUUCUCCACCCAAAUUGCCUCGCAGGCUUCGCCGGAGACUCUCGGAGUCUAAGUCCCCGCAGAACUGUACUGUCGAAGAUAUCGAAGCGAAGCUCCGCCACGCCGAUCUUCGCCGCCAGCAAUGCGAUGGGAAAUUGUCAAACAAGGCUCGAGCAAAGCCCAGAAGCCCAUCACGGUCCUCAUCUAAUGAGGAAGAUCUUGGUUAGCGCCUUGAAGCGAAGCUCCAAGCUGCUGAGCAGAAGAGGGUUGUUUGAGAAAGCUUCACCUAGGAAAAAAUUGAAGUUAAAAAAAGCUGUGCUCUGA